GUGCUUCUGAGAGUCAAGAAAGAGGUCGAAGUUUACCGAGUCUGCGCCUGGCUGAUAUCAACAAGACACGAGGCCGAAGACAUGUUAAAAUAAAUCGAACCACCGGGAUUUGCACGCGAUAGUUAAAUGAACGGUUCUUGCGGGGAUUCGGUGCGAUUGCACGGUGGUUACAUGUGUGUCGUAGCUAGUUUAUGUUGAUGGAAGCAAGUGGAGACAGUUAGCCAACCAUCAAAGCCUAUCGGGGAAGUACCCCCCCCAGACAAGUAGCGGGCUGAAGGCAAGGGUUUCUUCGAUAAACAAAAUCGUUUGACAAAGGAGCAGUAGGACCUCUUCUAGCCAGUCGCUUACCGUGUUCACAACACCGAUAUCUUGCUAUAUGCUCCUUUGUGCGUCUACCUACUACAGACCGGUUUUGGUGCAGCAACGCCUGUAUGAGUGCCUGAAUAGCCACACACACUAUGACUGGCUGAUAUUACAUUGGAUCGAGCUCACAGCCAUUUACAUUUACAUUUAAGUCAUUUAGCAGACGCUCUUAUCCAGAGCCACUUACAAAUUGGUGCAUUCACAGCCGUGCAUCUACUGUCACAUUAUGUCGCUUUUUGUGACGGCAAAAUACUAAACUGCGGAGCUCAUUUAGUUGUGAACUCGGAAGCAGAGGUUCUUAGCCAGAUAUCUAACUAAACAGCUGACCAGUCGGUCGAGUGGAGCAACAUUUCCUCGCCUUGCUGUGUCAUGACAUUUUAAAGUGCAAGUCGAGUCAUUUUCAAAGAGUACGCACGAUAGGAACAUUUGGCAUUAAGUAGAUAGGUGGGGACGGGCAUCCUACAUUUAACGUUGGCUACUGUCGACCGUAAGUUGAACCAAAGGACUGUAUUUGUAGGUCGGUCUCGACGGCACAGAAUGAAGAAGUUCUCCCGUAUGUCGGAGAGCGGCGGUCCGGGAGGGGGGUCCGGGUCGGGCUCUGGAGUCGUUAGUAAUUGCUUCGGGAAAGUGUUCGCCGUGGGCCGGUAUCAAGUCACGGUGGAAGAACUCAUCGCAGAAGGUGGGUUCUCUGUGGUGUUCCUGGCCAGGACACACAGUGGCAUGCGCUGCGCUCUCAAGAGGAUGUACGUUAACAACGUCCCUGACCUCAACAUCUACAAGAGAGAGAUCACUAUUAUGAAGGAGCUGUCUGGUCAUAGGAACAUAGUGAACUACCUGGACUCUACCAUCAACUCCGUAGGGGACAGUGUGUGGGAGGUGCUCAUUCUCAUGGAGUACUGUAAAGCUGGUCAGGUAGUGAAGCAGAUGAACCAGCGUCUCCAUAUAGGGUUUACGGAGCCGGAGGUGUUGUCCGUCUUCACUGAUACCUGUGAGGCUGUGGCCAGGCUGCAUCAGUGUAGAACCCCUGUCAUACACAGGGACCUGAAGGUAGAGAACAUCCUCCUGAGUGAUAAUGGGAGUUAUGUUCUGUGUGAUUUUGGAAGUGCUUCUCUCAAAGUGCUGCUUCCACAUAAAGACGGAGUGACUGCUGUGGAGGACGAAAUCAGGAAGUACACGACCCUGUCUUAUCGAGCUCCAGAGAUGAUCAACGUGUACGCAGGGAAGGCCAUUACCACCAAGGCUGAUAUAUGGGCUCUUGGUUGCUUGUUGUACAAGCUGUGUUUCUUCUCGCUCCCGUUCGGGGAGAGUCAAGUCGCCAUAUGUGAGGGAACCUUUGUGGUUCCAGACCAUUCCAAAUUCUCCUUCAAGUUGCACUGCUUAAUCAGAUAUAUGCUUGAGCCUGACCAUGAGAAGAGACCAGACAUCUAUCAAGUCUCCUACUUUGCCUUCAAGUUAGCUGGAAAGGAGUGUCCUGUGCCAAAUCUCUUUAACUCUCCUCUCCCCACGUCACUUCCUGAGCCGCUCACAGCCAGCCAAUUCGCUGCCAGGAAGAGUAUGACGAAAGCCAGAAUCACAGAGUCCGUGGGGCCGACGGCGACUUCCAUCACUCCGAGACAGAGACCCAAAGCUACAAGCAGUUAUGUGCUACCCAUUCCUGUAACAGCCGGCACCCCGGUCGCUGCCACGCCCAUCGGCACCCCGGUCGCUGCCACGCCCAUCGGCACCCCGGUCGCUGCCACGCCCAUCGGCACCCCGGUCGCUGCCACGCCCAUCGGCACCCCGGUCGCUGCCACGCCCAUUGGCACCCCGGUCGCUGCCACGCCCAUCGGCACCCCUACAGCUGAGCCUUCUGUACCUGUCAGCAAUGGGCAGAAAGCGACCACCCCAGGGAAUGGGCAGCCGGUGGCGCCACAGACAGCCAACAGGGUCCUCCAGCAGCUGCAGCCCGGGGACUUGCGUCUGCAACAACAAGAUCCACUUCACCCUGUCCAUCCACAGCAGCUCCAAUACCUUCAGUACCAGCAGGCCCUUCAGCAGUCGAUCCAGCUCCAACAGCUGCUCCAACAGCAGCAGCAGCAGCAGCAGCAGGCCCUGCUCCAACAACCGAUGAUGAUGCAGCCCACGAAUCAGCAGCAGCAGACUCACUACGCAGCCAUGAUGCACCAGUACCAACGGGCUUUUGCACAGCAACAGCAUCAGCAUCAACACCCCACCCAGCAGCCCUAUCCUCUGGAGCUUCCCCCAGGCUCCUAUAACCCUGCUGGGCCUGUGCCCGGGACUAUGUCCCCCGUGGUGCCUCCAUCCACUAACACCAGUAGAAGCCCUCUGGUGGACUUCAAGGUGACCACCCCUCCCCCCCAGAGCCUGGUCACCCCCCAGAGCCACCCUCCUGACAUGUCCCGAUGGAACCCCUUCGGAGAGGACAACUUCUCCAAACUGACGGAGGAGGAGCUGCUGGACCGAGAGUUCGACCUCCUCAGAGCAAGUAAACCUCUGGAGAGAACCAGUAGCCAGGAGGCAGACCGACCGCUGCAGCCAAUCACCCCUGAAGACCUGUUUGGCUCCUCCCCCUUCCUGUCUAGUGCAGGUUCUAGUCUGAUAACUGAUCAGCCUAUUGAAGAGCUCAGUAACCCAGUCGGUGACCCCGUACCUGUUCCUGUGGGCCAGCCAGCCCUUGAGGAAGUGCUGCAACCUCCGGUGGCAAAGGAGCACAAACCAUGUAGGAGGAGAAACUCUCCUAUUGGCGGCUCACAAACGACUCGCAAACCAGGUAGUGACGAAUCAGACAGUGACUUUGAGUCAGAUCCUCCUUCCCCUAAGAGCAGCGAGGAGGAAGACGACCCGGACGACAACGAAGGUCUGAACAAUGAGCAUAGAGAGUUCUUCAACGAACUGGAAGAUUUGGAGGAAACGGAGAUGCUGGGACAUAGGCCUCUGCUGAUGGACUCAGAGGCUGAGGAAGAGUACGACAAACACAGCUCCGACUCAGACUAUGAACCCAGGAAGGUUAAGGAAGGACUUACUAGGAAGCUAAAAGGAGGAGUGGCUACUGCCACCCAUGAGGGAAGUCCGAGAUUGGAGUCAGAAGACACACUAAUCACAAUUAAGCCUCCCGAGUCACCUGGUGUGGUUGCUGUUAGAGCUUCCCCUUGUGUCGGUGGCAUUGUGGACGUGUUUGGUGAGGAUGUGUUUGGUGCUGUGCCCUUCUUUCUUCCAGCGGCAGCUCCAACAGAAAGCGCAGACAUCUUCUCCGCAGCUCCCUUCAGGCAGGUGAGCCAGGAGGCCAUAGUCAACCAGCCCAGCCAGGCCGUGGACGAGUUAGACGUCUUCACUAAGGCUCCGUUCAGCCGGAACCUCUCCAAAUCUGGCAAGACUGGAAGCAGCGACUUCUCUAUGGGUCGGACUCCGCCUGUGUCCCCUGAAAGCAUCGACCCGUUCGGCUUCUCUCCCUUCCAGCCCGGCCCCACGAGUCUGCCACCAACCACCUCCAGGAGUGCCGAGGACAUCUUCCGUCCAGCCUUGGAGAAUUCUCUCAGCCCCCAGCAGCAGAGGCUGAAGCAGCGUAGCCUCCAGAAGUUGUCCUCGCGUCAGAGGAAGUUCUCUGGUGCCAGCAAUGGCAAGCGCCACCACGGCACGCCCACUGGCGGUCGCAAGAACAACAAGCCCGGCUUCCGAACCCCCGAACGCGUCCGCCGGCACAAGAAGGUCGGCAGGAGGGACUCCCAGAGCUCCAACGAGUUCCUCAGCACCUCAGACUCCAAGGAGAACAUCUGCGUCGGCGGCGUAACGAUGGCAGACGCCGACAAAGACAAAGGGGCUUCCCUGCCUAGCCUUCCUCAUGAGGUCGACCCCUUCGGAGCCAAUCCCUUUGGUCCUCAGGAUGGCAGCCGACUUAACCAGUACCAAGGACUUCUGGGGGACAGCAAGGCAGACAUGGGUUCGGCCAAUGGCAGGCCUCGGACUAGCUCCCUCCAUGAUGCGUUUGGGGAUGGGAACAUCAUGGAUGACUUUGGAGCGGUACCCUUCACAGUACUGGUGGAGCAGCCUGGGCCUGAACAGCAGCCGUCACAGCCAGUAGAGCUGGAUCCUUUCGUGGCUGCACCGUUCCCCUCCAAACAGUGAAUGUCUGCUAGUCUUCCUGCCACACACACUGCUGUGUUACACCAAGCCUAUGGAGUCCCGGGGAGAUAUUCCCUUCCAAGGGAUGUCAACUAGCUUGAUGGUGUGGUAGUUGAUUCUAUUUCCAGCCAAAUUGAACUGCGAUCGGCAACUGCGCUAAUGUGUUUCCAAUCCCCCCCCCCCCAAAGGAUAUUUUUAAUACCUGAAUAACUGGACUUUGGGAUUAACAAAACCAACAUAAACCUGUGGCUGAAUUUGAUUUCAGGUUCUGUAUGAAUUUCCUUCACCUGUUAGCUGACAAGCCUUUUAUGCUGCGUCGCAAUACGUGUCUCUGAGACAUGGAGAUCGAUUUUUGGUUUUCACUCAAGAUCAUUCUGUGUCAAUCAACAAGAUUGCUCAGUUUUCAGAUCGCUUGAGUUGCUGCAAAAACAACACUUGUUUGUUGUUGUUGUUUGUAAAGAUUGUGAUCUACCAAUAAGAUUUAAUUUAGCACCAUAAAGCCUUAUUAACAUUCUCUGCCUUGCUGCACAGUACCUCGGAAGCCAUUUCCUUAGCCAAAUGGUUAACAUUGCCUUUUGUGUCAACGGAGUGAUUCGUUUUCAGAGCCUUUAUCACUUUGUCAUUUCAUCCUUCUUAGACCCUUUCAUUUCUAUAUAUUAUAUAUAUAUAUAUUUUUUUUUUUCAUUUAGUCUACUUACAGUAGUAGAUAACAGCUAAUUUAGUUUGUUGAGAUUUUUUAUUGCAAUAUAUUCACUAGAAUGAAAGGGAUUCAUUCGGGUUUGUUUAAUUUCUUUUUAAAGAUGACAAUUUUUUUAAUUAUUUAGGAUUUUUCAUUUUAGGUUUAAUUCCAGACUUUGAACUUGUCAAUAAGUACUGUUUUAGUGUGAUCUUUUACCUCAAAACGAUAAAAAAAUAAUAAUCAUUAUCAUUUUUGAAUAAGGGGAAAAACACAACCCAUUUUUCCUACAUGGCGAUAUUGAAUAUAAUAUAUCUGACUACUUCCACCUCUUGAGACAGUCUUCUGUCUUUGGUAACAUAAACCAUGCCAAAUCUCCUACCAUUUACUUGUAGUCUAAUUAGAAUCAGGUCAUGUGUCCAAAUUGUUUAAAUUAAUGCACUUUCAGCGUCCACUCUUCCAUUGGCUAGUAAUUAUGGCAAUUAUGAAUCUGAGGCUACAGAAAGGAUGUCGCUGUCUGAUAACCCCGUAACGCCAUUAUUAUUAUUAUUAUUAUUUAUUAUUAUUAUCAUUAUUAUUAUUAUCAUUAUUAAUAUUAUUAUUAUUAUUA